GGCAUAUGACCCGGAUGGAGAUUCCUUCCAUAGACGCUAAAUAUAAUUAAGCUGCUCUUAUAUAUCUUAUAUAUAAAUAUAUUUUAAAUUAUAAUCAUCAUCAAUAAAUUCUUACGAAUCAGAAUCCAGAAUUCAUCAGCGUUGUUAUUAUAAUUAUUAUAAUAUAAGUUAGAUCAGGGUAAAAAUGCGAAGUCUAUUAUUCUUAACUCUGCUCUAUUCAAUCGUCGAGUCUGGCAAGCAUUUAUAUCAGGAACAAUGUUUAGAAAUUUUUGCUUUUCACCAGUUAGUGACGUUAAACGCUUAUAAAACGUGCAAUGCUGCGCGUUUUAUGACGUUUUAUGAGUUCAUCUCUGAGGCCAGUGAACGCCGCAUCACCCUCUGAACUCUGAAGGUCAUGAGGUCAGGAGACUGUUAAUUAAAUUAUAAGUCUGUCUGAGCAGAGGUAAGGCUUCUUUAUCUAAUCUAACGACGACCUAUCACUCACGAACGACAUCGCAAAUACAGUUUCUACACAUUUUAAGAUUUAUACAAGCUUAUAAAAACAUUAAGGCUCAGUUUGAGGUUGGCACGUGAGAGGCACGAACGCACAUGACGAUGACUAGCUAGCUAGUUAGCUAAUGUUAUGCAUAGUUGUUUAUUUACCCAGCCAUGUUAAAAUAUAGCUCCGAAAGGUCUCCAGUAUUAUUUGCAUUUUUUACCUGACCAUUCUGACCAUGAGUCUGAUUUUAUUUAUUUAUUUAUUUAUUUAUUCAUUCAUUCAUUCAUUCAUUCAUUCAUUCAUUCCUAUUGUUUAUCUAACGGUCGUUUGAUUCCAAAUUGCAAAAAGUUGACUCCGAUUCUGAAUCGAAGUAUUGUGAAUCAAUAGAGUCGAUUCCACGACCGUUAUUUAAUCGUCACGUCACUGAAAAUGAGUUUGUUAAACUUUUUUGUUUGUUUGUUUUUGCAAUAAAUCGGUGCUAAAGUUGCGGCUGUCUCAUAUCCACUCUACUUGGUGUGUACUACGGACUGGUUGUGAUUCAAUUUUCUUUGUGGAUUCGACUCAAAUUGGAGAACCGACUCUUUGACGGAAUCGACUCCCUGCCGUGUUGCUCGUGAAGACGUUUUCAAACGCUGUUUUCUGUUAGCGCUUCAAGUUCAGCGUCAUCAUGACCGACGAUAGGACGAAAGUGAAGUUCCGUUGGCUACACACGGCAUUCGUCUCGCCUACGAAGUUCCAGAAGAAUGACGUGGGUUUGGCUCAGCCCACUCGCUGGGGCGACGAGGCGUCCGAUGAAUCGCCCAAAGACUCCUGUCCCAGCCUGAACACUUCCUCCAGCUCUGAGGGACUGGGAGAACUGGAGAACAUUCAACUCGGCACACCUCAGGGGAAACGCGUCACACCGUCAAAGACACCGAGCACUCGGAAAACCCACCGUCUGUCCAGCAGGCCCUGCAGACUGUUUACGAAUGCAAAGGACCCACAGUCAGAAGGUCAAUCACCUUUGCGGUCGCAGUCAUCCACUGCCGGUGAGAACCGAAAAGACAGAACUCCAGAGGAGGGUUCAAAGGUCAUCUACCUCCGAGCCCUGAGUGCCGCUCUCGGGAACAGACCGAGGAAGUCGUCGCACUCCGAGGACGGUACCGAGAAGCCGUGCCCCUGGAAGGCUCGUACAGAAACCCUCGCUGUUAAACCCUCGCCGGAGAGAAAGCGCAGCAGCUGCUCGUUCAGCGAGGACCCGGCGCCUGUGUGUGUCCGGUCGGAGGAGCGCACACGCACACCACACGUCUUUCUAGACACCGAGGAAGAGGAGAAUGCACCCCAUCAGCCCACCGCCUCCUAUUGGAGCACGUGGAUGGAGGCCGACUCCACCGUCAGCGGAAGUGCGCAUCCACCCGGUAAACCAGUCGUGGCGCUGGGGCGGGACCUCAGUCCUAAGCAGCCAAUCGGACAAAGUCCUUCAUCUUCAGCCUCUUGUUCCCCGUCUCCGAGCGAGCUGUGUGUGUCCUCGCCACUGUUCAGACACCGGUCCUCUUGUGCGCACUUGCGCUACGGAUUAACGACGCCCCUUCCCGAUGACCCCAUCAUCCGCAGGAGGUCAGCGGGCUCGGAGCCUGUCUGGCUGUCAGACUCCGACUCACUGGGCUUCAUUGACACCCACUGUCACCUGGAUAUGCUGUACGGGAAGCUGGGCUUCUACGGAAAUUUCUGGAGCUUCCGGGAGAAAUACAGCCGCAGUUUCCCUGCGGAAUUUCACGGCUGCAUAACCGACUUCUGCAAUCCGAGGAUCACGCAGAAGGAAGCCAUCUGGGAACGGCUUAUCGAAGAGGAGUAUGUAUGGGGUGCUUUCGGAUGCCACCCUCACUUCGCCAAGGAGUACAACUCCGUUCACGAGCAAAGCAUCAUGAGAGCCAUGCGUCACCCCAAGACCGUCGCGUUUGGAGAAAUCGGUCUGGAUUACUCGCAUAAGAAUUCAGCCAACCCCAGCACACAGAAAGAGGUGUUCGAGCGGCAGCUGCGACUGGCCGUGUCUUUGGGAAAGCCUGUGGUUAUACACUGCCGGAACGCUGAUGACGAUUUGCUGGACAUUAUGAAGAAGUGUGUUCCCCGAGACUACAAGAUACACAGACACUGUUUCACCAACAGUUACUCCGUAAUCGAGCCGUUCCUGAGCGAAUUCUCAAACCUGUGCGUGGGUUUCACAGCGUUGGUGACGAACCCUAACGCCGCGGAGGCCCGAGACGCCGCGAGGAAAAUGCCACUGGACCGAAUCCUGCUGGAAACCGACGCACCCUACUUCCGACCCAGACAGGUGUCUCCGUCUGUGUGUAGGUUCUCUCACCCCGGGAUGGGCAUACACACCUUACAGGAAAUCAGCGUGCUGAAGGGAGAGCUCUUCUCCACCGUGCUCCAAACGGUCCGCCAGAACACCACACACAUCUACGGCCUGUAAACCCCUCCUCCUCCACCCUUAAACUUAAUAACCUGUGUACGGUAAUGUUUUGGCUGGUUAUUGAAGCUUGUUUAAAGUAAGAAUGUUCUACUCACUAAUACAUCUUUUUUUUUUUUAUUAAAAUUGUUCAAAUUGUAGAUUAAUUAUAGCCGAGUUAUUUUUGAGUUAGAUUUGGAUUUACUCGCAUCCCAGAUUUACAACAUUGGCUUUAGAAGAACUGAUUAGGAAUGGAUCUAGCUAGUUUCUUCAUUGAAGGUUUUUAAAACGGUCUGUUGUUGUUGUUUUUGUUGUUGUUUUUUCUCCUCUGUGUUUUCGGGGGGGUAUAUAGAGAACCUGGCAACCCUGCACUCAGAACUUUAAAAUAAAAAGAUUGAAGUUCGCAAACAUGGAUACCUAAUGCAGGACAAAAAAAAUCCUUUUAUUUCUUUCUUUUUUGUGUGUGUGUGUGUACGCAUAAACGUGUUGUGAACCGUAAGAAACUCUGAACACUGACGUUGUUGUUUUAUUUUCAUUUUAUUCACAUUUCACAGUUUGUUGUAAUAAUUUGAGCGGUUAUGAAUCAGGAAUCAUUUAAGUUCAAAUGCUGUUAGUUUGCACCGUCUGAAACAAAUGGAAAAACAAGCACGUGUGACUUCACCGUGUCGGUAUU